GUCGCGCGGCAGCAGCAGCAGAUCAGCAUCGGUGAAGCUACUCACAGACAGAAGUCCCACACAGGGACAGACAGACAGACGGGUCCAAACACGUCCACUGUCCACUCCACGCGCACAGACAGCAGCGAAGGAAAGACAGGGAAAACUGAAGACGGACAAGAAAGACACGCAUUUCAGCGGGGAGAAGUGGAUGUACCUUGAGCCAUGGAUGUGACAGUUUACCCGCCUCCACCUCAGCCUCUGGCCGUGUCCAACCACAGCAGACUCGGGCAGCUCUCCUAUCCUGACCCGGCCUUCGGGACCAACAAGGUGGACGGGGACACCAUGUUCCUGGGUAUGCCAGAGUCAGGCCUUGACUUCGCCUCCACCAAUCAGUUCCGUGUGCCACAGCCCCCUCACCCUCUCAGCAAGGUGUCGCCGCAAAACCAACCCUCGCAGCACUGGAGGAGGGACACACACAUGCAUGAUACACACCGCCUGCCAUGGUCCUACUCAGUAGGUGGUUUGGGUGACGACGACUUCAACAUCCCACCAAUCACCCCUCCGACCCUGCCAGACCACAUGCUCCCCCCUCACCUCCCUCACGAUUCCCCCUCUGGACCGUACCACCCCCUGGACCCUCCGCCCAGCUCGGCUCCACACCACCUGUACCAGCUGCAGGGCAUGGACCUGCCCGGGAUGCCCGGUGGCCAAGAUGGAGGCACUAUGCUGAACCAAGAUGGCGGCACAUACAGCCCAGAUGGCGGCCCGAUGACCAGCACACUGUCUGUGAUGCAGCAGAUGGUGAACUCCGACUCGCGCUUCACCAGCAGCCAACAGCCAAUCGAAGCGGCGCUCGGACCCAGGAGCCAGUCGGGCAUGAGUCAGCAGAGUCAGCUGUCCACCAUUAACCAGUCACAGCUGGGGCUGAGCGGGAACUCCAUUACCCACAAUUCUCCUUCUCCACCAGAGAGUAAAUCCGCCACACCGUCUCCCUCCAGCUCGGCACAUGAAGACGACAAUGAUGAUGGACUCAGGCAUGGUAGCGUAGCAGAGAAGCGGCCGGCCACGGUGGACAUCUCCAAGAAACCAAAGACACCAAAGAAGAAGAAGCGAAAGGACCCCAACGAACCAGUGAAACCAGUGUCGGCCUACGCCUUGUUCUUCAGGGACACGCAAGCCAACAUCAAAGCCCAGAACCCCAACGCCACCUUCGGGGAGGUGUCGAAGAUAGUGGCCUCCAUGUGGGACGGUCUGGGAGAUGAACAGAAACAGAUGUACAAGAAGAAGACCGAGACGGCAAAGAAGGAGUAUCUGAAACAACUGGCUGCCUACAGAGCCAGCCUGGUGUCACAGAGUUACAACGACCCAUCUGAAAUGAAGCUGCCCCACUCCUCCUCUACCUCAAUGUACACACCCAAACCUUCAGUCUACCCCGGUCACCCGGGCCAGCACCCUUCCUCCAGCCCACUUGCCCACCCCCACCCUCUCCCUCCCCCUCAGCACCCAGGCAUGUACAUGUCGUACCCUCACCCGUCCCACCCUUCCCAUGCCUCCAGCCCCGGCCUCGGCCCUCACCCGUCCCCUCCUCACACCCAGAUGCACCCGCAGCUCCAGGCUCUGUCCUCCAGAGGCACUGUGCCACAGUCCGGUGUCCCGCACCAGGGGGCUCUGUCCCUGGGCAGCGUGGUGUCAACGUCCACCCCUCCUCUCCAGGUCACCUCUCCCCUCCAUAACCAGGCACACCUGGGUGGACUGCACAGUCCACACCACCAGCACCAGCAGCUCAGUGGACACUCACUGGGAAUGACACACUCCCCUGGCAUCUCACAGGGUUACCUUCCAUCCCUUCAGUCUGAGUACCAGCGAAUAGGUGGAGGCAUGAUGAAUAAUGGAGUGGUGAUGUCAUCAUCGGUGGACUACCACCAGCUGGGGCGACACACACCGAAUCACCCACCGUCUCUGGACUGGAGCACAGAUUACCACGGCAACGGAGCCGCGCAGAGAGACAAACCUCUGUAUCUGAGCUAAUCUCAGGACCAAAAUCUCAACCAAGCCCUUGAACUGCCACACCAGGAAAAACCUCCAGCCUCACCUCGACACACAGACGCACGUCAACAUCCGCCCGUGAGAGAGAGACGGGGAGAGAGAGACAGGGAGAGAGGGACCUCGACCGACUCGAGACGUCACCUGAAAAACCUGAGUUUUAACACAACAAACAGCUGAAUGAUGGAACAGAAUACGUGGGCAUUAAUCCUCCUUAAAGGAACAGGACACAAAACCUCUCUUAUUAUUAACUGAUUUCUUUUUUUCUUUUUUUUUGGUGCAUAAGAGAUGCAACCGUUUGAAUUUUACACACACACACAGACAGACACACACACACACACCAGCAGUGAGAGGUGUGCAGCUACUCUGCUGUAAAUGUAUAUACUGUACUUCAAAAAGUCCCAUUUUCUGCCCGGCCCUGCGUUUCCACACACACACACACACGCACACACUUUGUAAAAAUGACGUGUACCAUCAGCUCCAUAAUGACUCUGAAGAGCAGAAACUGUAAAUUGCUGUAACAUAAUUUUUGUGAGUUGUCCAUUUUAAAACCAACAGAUUUUCUCUUUUCUUUUUUUCUCCCUUUUACCUCAAAAUUGCGAUAAUAUUGUUCGACCAAAGGAACACGACAACACACAGACGAACAAACAAAAAGGGGUUAACGACAAAACCCAUUCUCACAUAAUGCCCCCCCCCACUCGUUAUUAACUAUAUAAAUUCAAACCUUUUGGUUUGUUGCAGUAUGGAUCGAGGUCCAAUACAUUGUCCAUAGAGACAAAAAAGGAAAAGAAAUAAUAAUGUAAUAAUGAUGUAACGUGAUUCUGAAGUAGCAGGAGCAGGGAGAUGAAUUGUGUACCUUUUUUUUUAAUUGUUCUCUGGCUGCGAGGCUUAGAAAUCCAGUGUAAUUUAGUCUUUGACAUAAUGAAUUUCUUUUGUGUAAAGAAAAGAAAACAGAACGAGUCCUUUGUACGAUGACAGCUCCUCCUCCUGGCAUAUGUCUGUUGAUAAUAUUGAUUUGGAUCCAAACUGCAUGUGUGAGUGUGUGAAGUGUUAAUGAGAGAGAGAGAGAGGUUGAUUGGGCUUCAUGGUCUCUUUUACCAUCUCUGUUCCUCUUGUGCUCAGAGGCUAUUUAAGAAACUAUAACUAUUGUUGCUGGGCAGACUCUUUUUAAUGUUGUUUUAAAAAAGAAAAAAAAAAAUCAAUUCAAGUUUUUGUUUAGUGUUAACGAUGAUUGACGAGCGGCAGCUCUCGCUCUGUAUCUCUUUGUAUUACUGUUUGGUUUUUUUCGUUGGCAGAUGAAAAGGACUUUGGGCAACAACGACCAUCAAACAACAACAACAACAACAAAAAAAUGUUUUUGUUUUUUUUAAUUAUUAUUUUUAGAUUCUAAUGUGUUUGAGAAUAAAGUCGGUGCUGCACUGAUGUGCAGUCAUUACUCCCAAA